GCUGGUUUAGAUACCUUCUCUAUGCAAACACUCUCAACAUAAUUCACCCAUGGACCUAUAUUUGUUUGUCACAGUCACAGCAUCACUCGGCCCUCGUCAAUGCUCGCGUCCGCCAAGCCAUAUACAAGUAAACCAGCGCGUACGGGCUAAUCACAAGAAUCACGAGGAAUCCUGCUCCGGUGUCGGAGGAGCCUGCACAAAGACCAGCGGUGUACAGGUUGCACCGUUCGAUGAAGAGCGGUUGGGGGCGAUUGAUCACUCCGGGUACGAUGAAAUUCUACAAGAGAGUCUCGGAUGCAGAUCGCGGACGGUAUCGCCGAUAUUCCAUUCCGUGAAGCCGUUGGAGAUCCGAGUUCGAUAUGAAUGAGCAUCCCAUUGUGGAUGUACCCGGCGUCGCGGGACAGGGGCAAGAUUCCUCCGCCACCGCAGAAAUAGCC